CGAUCGGGACCGAGAGCGGUAUUGGGCGAACUGAGACGCGGGCACGGCAUCAUUUCUUGCCAAGGAACUGUUCUCCGGCAGCGUUUUCGCUCCCGCUGCCCGCUCGAACCCGCUCGGCUGUGAGGGGGCGCGGGGCAGGCCGGGAAGGGCGCGGGGCAGGCCGGGAGUGCCCCGGCACCGGGCGCAGGGGCAGCGGCACCGAUACCAGCAGCGGCACCGAUACCAGCACCGGCAGGAUGUGGUACGAGAUCCUGCCCGGCAUGGCCAUCAUGGGCGCCUGCCUCAGCGUUCCCGGCAUCGCCACCAUCUUCAUGCACCGCUGGUGCCACGGCGGCAAGGAGAAGAGGAUCGCCCACUAUCCCUACGAGUGGACCCUGAUGGAAAGGGACCGGCGGCUGUCGGGCACCAACAAGCACUACGUGCCCAAGGGUCUGGAGAGCAUAAACUAAGGUGUCGUCAAUGCUUUGAAAAAUUCAUACAUUGAAAAUAUAUCUAUAGAAAAUGAUUCCACUCUUAAAUAAAGCUAUACAUGUAUUCA